GUUGAUUCUUAGAAAACUGCUUUUUCUCACACUCUUUUUUAGAAACAAAUGCUUUCAUCUUUCUUGAGAAAUUCUUCUUCUACUAUCCAAAGAACUACGCCUUAUGCUCGUAGAGCUUUUAGUACCCAGUUCCCCGCUUUGCAAAGAGUUUCUGGUGUAGAAACAGUCAAGAAUUACAUUAAUGGUAAAUUUACAGAAUCCAAGACAGACAAAUGGAUUGAACUCUAUAAUCCUGCUACUCAAGAUUUGAUCGGUUAUGUUCCUGAAACCACUCAAGAUGAGUUAAAUGAAGCUACUGAAUCAGCUGCUGUUGCUGCUCGUGAAUGGAGAAAGACAACUGUCCUUGCUCGUCAAAAAGUAAUGAUGGACUUGCAAUACUUGAUUCGUCAAAACCAAGAUGCUAUUGCCGAAAAUAUUGUUCAAGAACAAGGCAAGACAUUCGCAGAUGCUAAAGGUGAUGUCUUCCGUGGUCUUCAAGUCGUUGAUCAAGCUUGCUCUCUUACUAGUUUAUUGAUGGGUGAGAAAUUGACAGUCGCAAAAGAUAUGGAAACAUACAUGUACCGUGAACCUUUGGGCGUUGUAGCCGGUAUCUGCCCUUUCAACUUCCCUGCCAUGAUUCCUCUCUGGAUGUUCCCUUUGGCUAUUGCUGCAGGUAACUCUAUUAUCAUGAAGCCUUCUGAACGUGAUCCUGGCGCCAUGAUGAUGUUAGCCAAAUUGGCCGCUGAAGCUGGUGUGCCUAAUGGUGUCCUUAAUGUUGUCCACGGUGCUGUUGAUUGUGUCAACUAUAUUUGUGAUGAGCCUCAUAUCAAGGCCAUCUCCUUUGUUGGUUCUGAUCAUGCUGGUAAACACAUCUAUACCCGUGGUAAUGCCAAUGGUAAGCGUGUUCAAGCCAACUUGGGUGCCAAGAAUCAUGCCGUUUUGGUUCCUGAUGCAAACAAGCAAGCUGCUUUAAAUUCUAUUGCUGGUGCUGCUUUUGGUGCUGCUGGUCAGCGUUGUAUGGCCUUGAGCACCCUUAUUUGUGUUGGCGAAACCAAAGAUUGGUUGCCUGAAUUAGCUGAACGUGCUCGUCAACUCAAGGUUGGCUAUGGUAUGGACCCUGACACAGACGUUGGUCCCUUAAUCACUGUUCAAUCCAAGAAGCGUGUUGAGCGCUUAAUUCAAAGCGGUGUUGAUGAAGGUGCUGAAUUGCUUUUGGAUGGUCGUGGUGUUGUCGUCAAGGGUUAUGAAAAGGGUAAUUUUGUUGGCCCCACUUUGUUGUCCAAAGUCAAGACAGACAUGGAGUGCUACCGUGAAGAAAUUUUUGGUCCUGUUCUUGUAUGUCUUCAAGUCGAUACUUUAGACGAAGCUAUUGAAUUGAUCAACAACAAUCCUUAUGGUAAUGGUACUGCCAUCUUUACUAACUCUGGUCCUACUGCUCGUAAGUUUGAGCACGAGAUUGAUGUUGGCCAAGUAGGUAUCAAUGUACCUAUUCCUGUUCCUGUUCCUCCUUUCUCUUUCACCGGUAGUCGUGGUUCUAUUUUGGGUGACAUGAACUUUUACGGCAAGAGUGGUAUCUUGUUCUACACUAAGCCCAAGACUAUCACUUCCUUAUGGAAAGAAAGUGAUGCUGAACAUACCCGUGCCUCAGUUUCUAUGCCUACUUUACACUAACUCUCCUGCAAUGAGUUUUAUAGAAUUGAAUAAAAAAAAGCGUUUUAGCUUGAGAUUACGCUAUAGCGAUAAAGACACA